AUGUCCCGGACUAAGUACGAGUGGGGAGCAUUCAAGCUGCACCGUGUCUACGCCAGAAGGUCUAAUGCGUCUACUGCACUGCCUUACCCAAGGGUCGGUCCUGUGCGGCGGCCUGAGCUUCUGCUACUGCGCUGGAGCAUUCCACCUCCGUUCUCUGCUGAAGACCUGGCCUCAUUCACUGGUCUGUCCGCCUCAGGAUGGCUCCCAGCGUCGAUCGUCUCUCCUCGAGGACCUCGAACAAUGCGUUGGACGCCUAUCAGACUUGCCGCACGUCUUCACGCCGUUUACCGAACCACCCGAGCCCUAGACAGUUCACCACGAGCGGCCGCCUCGGUUUCCGAGCAUGCCCUAAUCACCAACGCCGCCUUCGAAGCCGUCUUAAUGCUCUUCAACCUCCCCAACACUCCCCUCCCCGUCCACCGCAACCCCGACAUCAACAACCCACAACUUCGACCCGCAGCAGCAGAUGAAACCGCAAUCUACCACUUCGUCAUAGCCUGCUACAGCCUUCUCUUCCUGAUAUACGACUCCCUCCUCACUGCUCUUCACCGAGACGCCCUCACCCACUCACCAAUCUCAUCCAACCGCGAACCAAACACCAACAAUAGCAACGACAACGCAUGGUUUUCGCGCCCUUCCUCCGUCGAACUGCGUUUGGUCCUCCUCUUCCACCUAAUCACCUAUUUCCUGGACUGUCUCCAGCAGACAGUAGGGGCCUACACAGCGCAAUUUGAGAAGCAUACGACCACCUCAACUGUCCUCGGCGGGAGCAAAUCCCGGGGGAAAGUGGAGCGACGAGGAAAUAAUAAUGGAGGAGGAGAUGGAGAUCUGGGAGGAGCAGCACACACUACAACAACAGCUGCUGCUGCUGCAGCGGCAGCAAUAAUAAUAGCAGUACCCACCGAUAACUCCCUCCCCUCCUCCUCUCGCUCCGAUUUUCCCGCUUCCGUCUCGUAG